GUCGUUCACUUGUUCCCGUUCCCGGCUCAGCUUCUGGCCGUUUUUUUACAGCUGCCGAGAAAUUCCUCCCAGAAACCCUCGCAAAAUCAUAAACCUCAAUCACUUCUCUUUCCUUAAGCCUUAAACCCUAAACCCUCUGAACUCCCUCUCGGCUCUCGCUCUCUCUACGGAUGGCCAAUUCAAGCAAGUGCGUAAAGCACAUUGAGUCGUACGUUAGUUCAUCCACCUCUCCAGCUCAACAGGCUGCAAUUGUAGACACUAUUGCUGCCCUUGUGAAAAAUGACUUGUUGACUCUAGAGGAGCUGGUUAGAGAGAUGGAGAUGUAUUUGACAACUACUGAUACCAUCAUCCGCUCAAGAGGGAUCCUCCUCCUCGGGGAACUAUUGACACAACUAUCAUUGAAGCCUUUAACUGAUGCUGCUAUACAGAGCUUGAUAGGAUUCUUCAUAGAGAGGCUGGCAGAUUGGAAAGCUUUGCGUGGUGCUCUAGUUGGUUGUUUGGCACUAUUGAGGAGGAAAAUUGAUGUUGGCAUGAUCACAGACAGUCAAGCAAUGGCUGCUGCACAAUCUUUUUUGGAGAACAUGCAAGUGCAGUCCUUGGGACAGCAUGACAGAAAGCUCUGCUUUCAAAUUUUGGAAUGCCUAUUAAAUUGCUAUCCUGAUGCAGUUGAGCCGUUGGGUGAUGUCCUUGUUUAUGGAAUUUGUGAAUCAAUUGAUGGAGAAAAGGAUCCGCAAUGCUUGGUGCUCAUAUUUAGGAUUUUUGAAGCUCUAGCACGAUUAUUUCCUCAUUCUUCUGGGUCACUUGCAAGUUAUGCAGAGGAUCUUUUUGAGAUUCUUGGAUGUUACUUCCCUAUCCAUUUUACACAUUCAAAAAGUGAAGAUGCCGAUAUAAAGAGGGAGGAGCUCUCGCAAGCACUGAUGCUGGCAUUUGCGUCUACACCUGUUUUUGAACCAUUUGCAAUUCCUUUACUUCUUGAGAAACUAUCUUCUGAUUUGCCGUCAACAAAGGUUGAAUCUCUAAAGUACCUUAGCUAUUGCACAUCAAAAUAUGGGGGAGAUAGAAUGGCAAAGUAUUUUGAAGCUCUUUGGUCUGCAUUGAAAGAUGUUUUAUUCAUUAGACCACAAUCCACUUUGUCAAUAGAAUUUGAGUUAGUUGACGGUAUGGGUUUUCAAGAGAGUGAAAUAAUGAUUCAAGCCCUUGAGCUGCUUCAGAUGGUUGUUCAGCGAAGUAAUGGUUCAUUCUUAAGUUUUAUCCUGGCUGAUGAGGACAUAAAAACAUUUAUGAACUCAUUAAAUGGGUUAAAAGAUUUUGACAAUGCUUCUGCACAGAACAAACAGCGAUUGCAUGCAGUUGGUUGUAUUCUCUCAGCUUCUGCCAGAUCUUCUUUUGCUUCUUGUGAUGCAGUUUUCCAAAAUUUCUUUACUAGCUUAAUGGAUGCUCUAACGUUUUCAGUUGAAAUUCCAUCUAAAGAUAGUGUUGUUCUUUCUAGAAGAUUCAAUUUUGGAGCCUUGUAUCUCGCUGUCGAACUACUGUGUGCAUGCAGAUGUUUGGUGUUGAACUGUGAUGGUCUCACACCUAUUCCUGAUUUUCUUAGUAUGGCUUGGUGCUGCAUAUUAUGUGGCUUCUCUACUUCAUUGAGCAAUUCUUUAAUUUCUCUUCUGCAAACAACUAGUGUGGAAAGCACUCCAAACACUUAUGUUUACUAUGGAGUUAAAGGUUUGCAAACUCUGGCAAUGUUCCCGGGAAGCUUCACUCAGGUGCCAAAGCCCAUUUUUGAGAACGUUUUGUUAACAUUGAUGUCAGUCAUCACUACUGAUUUCAACAAAACAUUUUUAUGGAAAACUGCAUUGAAAGCUUUGGUAGAUAUUGGCUUCUAUGUUGAUAAAUCCUCUGAAGAUGAGAAAGUAGCGAGCUUUGAAAGUGUAGUCAUGGAGAAAAUUGGGUUCUUGAUAUCUUCUAAUGACCUUACUGUGCCUUUGACACUCAAACUGCAAACAACUUUUGAUAUUGGAAUGACUGGGAAGAAGUUUAUGCACAGAGCAGUUCAGGAAUUGGACAAGACACUAUUCGACAAUUUGUCUCAGAUAUUUGUCAGUGAGAAUGUAAAAUCAACUGAGUUGACAAUCCCGCUUUUGGACUGUUACUCUAAGAAUGUCCUUCCCUGGUUUCAUGACAACGGAGGUUCUGAGGAAGUCUCAUUGAAUCUUGCAUUUAAUAUUUUGGAAAAGAUUGAGAAAAGUACGCAUUCCAGCAUUGGUUUUCAGGAAAGUGAACUUCUUGAUGCAAUAAUGAUUGCACUGAAGCAUGCUGUAGCCAGCUGUUCAGAGGAAAACCAGGAGAGAAUUAUUAAAAAAGCUUUUGACCUAAUUUCUUCAGGUUCAUUGAAGGAUUUGAAGCCUUAUACUACACCACUCAACUCCAAUGGAGGACAACUUACUAGCAUGUUGGAAGGCAUUUCUUGCAGAGAUGAAUGUAUUAUCUCACUCAUUGCAUCAGUCAUAAUAGCUUUGCGCCCUCAAACUCACAUACCGAAUCUUAAACUGCUAUUACAGUUAUUUCUAAUGACCCUCCUCAAAGGUCACAUUCUGUCAGCUCAGGCAUUGGGAUCUUUGGUUAACAAACUACCUUUAGAGACCAGUAUAAAAAAUUUUAAUCUGGAAGAAGCAAUAGAUGUGUUAUUUAACAAUGAAAUUUGGAUUUCCUGCAAUUUUUAUGAUGGAAAUAAAUGCUCCACCCUGGACAAUGGUAGUGCUAUAGAUUUCAGCAGUCUAAGGAUAAAUGGUUGUGAUGUGUCUUAUAAGAUUCAUGCUCUUGUUGGAUUGGCCUGGAUUGGGAAAGGGUUACUUAUGCGUGGUCAUCAGAAGAUAAAAGACAUUACUAGCACUUUUGUGAGUUGCUUACUUUCAAAUGGAAAUGUUGGGGCCUUUGAAGAGUUGGAUGGUCAGUUGAAAGACAACAAAGAGCUAGAAGUGAUCUCUUUGAGGAAAUCUGCUGCAGAUGCAUUUCAUGUUCUUAUGAGUGAUUCAGAAGCUUGUUUGAACAGACAUUAUCAUGCAACUGUUCGCCCACUUUAUAAGCAGCGAUUUUACAACAUGGUGUUGCCUAUAUUAUUAUCUUCGAUUUUGGAAAUUGAUUCACCAACUACUAGAUCCUUGCUAUACCGAGCCUUUUCACAUUUGAUAUCUGGUGCUCCUCUGAUUGCCGUCGUGAGUGAUGCCAAAAAGGUUAUCCCUGUACUAGUAGAUUGCCUAUUCAUGUUGCAAAAGGAUGCUCUUGACAAAGAUAUAAUCUUCAGUGUCUUAUUAGUACUCUCUGGAAUAUUGAUGGAUAAAAAUGCAAAGGAAGCUGUUAUAGAAAAUGCGCAUCUCAUUGUCCACCAACUUAAUAACCUCGUUUCCUAUCCCCAUAUGAUGGUAGUCCGAGAAACAGCAAUUCAGUGUCUUGUUGCCUUGUCAGGGCUACCCCAAUCAAGAAUAUAUCCUUUGAGAAAAGAGGUUUUGCAAGCUAUAUCAAAAGCUCUUGAUGAUCCAAAGAGAGUUGUUCGUCAAGAAGCAGUCAGAUGUCGGCAUGCUUGGUUAGAAAUCGAGGGUAGAUAGUUUUUGUUUUGAUAUUAGUAAUUAAAAGAAUGUUCAUAUGAUAAACAGACUUGAAAGCAUGUUUACAUUUGUACGAGUAUCAAGUUUAAUGUUGCCUAUAACUUGAUGUUAAUGUUCAUAAAACUACAGCUACAUAUUCACAUAUACAAAAGUUAAAACCUUUUUACAUAUGUUGAGUAAAAACCUUUUUGAGUUGA